AUGCCCACAACUCGGAGAUCAACAGGCGGUGCCCGAGCCCGACCCGGUCCGGUUCGGGGUCAGUCAACCAUCAGCUUCUCUCACAAAGUCUCGAAGCCUGUGCCCAAGGACCUGAAAAAGGCCACCGCCCUUGUUUCCGCCGUUGAGAGGGCUGAGCAGGCUCAGAAGAAAGAGGAGCGGGUCGACGAGAUUCAGGUCGACGAGCCCGAGACCAAGGAAGACCAGUUUAGGGAGAAGACCCCCGAGAAAUCUGAGGCAGUGCUUCGUGCCGAGAAGAUCAGUGAUGCGCAUAUCAAGAAGUACUGGAAGACCAUUGAGGAUGAGCGCCUUGCACCUCGGGUUCACCAGGAGGGGUUGAGUUUAGCGGAGAAGGUGCUGCGGUACUUCGACGUCAGCUCGCAGUAUGGUCCCUGUAUUGGCUUGCAGCGCAUGAAGCGUUGGGAGCGGGCCCAGAGGCUUGGCUUAAACCCGCCUGUUGAAGUUCUGGCUGUACUGCUCAAGGAGGAAAAGAAGGGUACUGCCAACAUCGAGACAGCUCAUAUGGAUGAGCUCAUGAACUCGACGGCUGUCGGCUCUGCUUGA